AGUCUGCGGCUGAUGAAUGGCAGCAGCCCGUGCGCCGGGAGAGUGGAGGUUUACCACAGAGAACAAUGGGGCACAGUGGAUGGCACUGACUACAAAGAUGAUCUGUCCUGGGAUAUGAAGGCCGCGGCUGUGGUGUGUAAUGAGUUGGGCUGUGGAGGGGCGCUGUCAGCAUCAGGAGACGCCCAAUUUGGGAGGGGCUCAGGCUACAUUGUGACAUAUGGUGUUCACUGCAGAGGGAGUGAGUCUACUCUGAGGGAGUGUCACUCGGGGAACUGGAGUCACUAUUCACUGUCACACUCCUUUGAUGCCGGUGUCAUCUGCUUAGGAGGUAAACCACCCAGACUGGUGAAUGGAGGCAGCCGCUGUGCGGGGAGAUUAGAGCUGUACAGCAAUGACACUUGGGCGACACUUUGUGGCGAGAACCUGAACACGGAAAUUGCAGUACAUAUUUGCAAACUUUUGGGUUGUGGAUUUGCUGUAUCAGUCUUAGGUAACGCUCGCUUUGGAGAAGGAUCGGGUCGUGUGGUUGGUCGGCCAGACUGCGGACACGGACAGGACAUUGGCAUAACCUGUUCAGACCAGACUGAGUUACGGCUGGUGAAUGGAUCUCACUCCUGUUCGGGCCGGGUUGAGAUGCUGUUUAUGGGGCUGUGGGGCACAGUGUGUGACGAUAAUUGGGAUUUGGCUGACGCUGAUGUUGUUUGUUCGGAGCUGGGCUGUGGGCCGGUGAUCGCUGCGGUGACCAGUGCGAUGUUUGGAAAAGGAAAAGGUCAGAUCUGGCUCGAUGACGUGGCCUGUGUCGGUAAUGAGUCCCACCUGUGGCGAUGCCCCGCGAGAACCUUGAGCCAACACAACUGUAAUCACGGCGAGGACGCAGGUGUGGUGUGUAUGGAUCGGCUCCGGAAACCCACCCUUUCUCUGAAACUAGAUUCCCGGAUGUUUGUGAGAGGAGAAUUCGCUGAGAUCUCAUGUUCUGGGAAUUAUCCUGGCAGCAAUUUCUCUUUAUACAGAGACGGCGAGUUUAUCACAUCACAUUCAACUCCAGGGAAUACUACCAUAGCAAUAUUCACCACAUCGGAGAUCAGUAGAGGUCAUUACUGGUGUAAAUAUACCAUACGCGUAGACGGCCGAGAGUUCGCAUCACCAGAGAGUGACCGAGUGGGAAUCACUUUGCGGGAUUCCUGGUCUACACAGACGAAAUUGAACGUUGCUUGCCUCACCAUGACGAUCGCAUUGUCUCUAGUAAUUCUUGUCCUGGUCCAGAUAGAAUGCAGACCAAUAAAAAUACACAGCUGUCAAGAAAAGGUUAUAUGAGAAACUUGCUGACAUCUCCACUUAUCUCCUCAAAACUCUCAGAAUCCAUUCCGUCUUCAUCUUAAACUCUGCUUCAGGCCACAGCAUUUUCUCUUGGUAUAAUUUACUACGUAUUCCUUUGCCUAGCACACCUUGAUCCACUCACUUUCCAGUUCUGUGUCUUUCUCUUUACCCUCCUUUGGGAGGUAAAUUGGGCACGUUUAGGUCUGAGCGACAAAAUGCACCUGACAAUAGUAACAAUUCCCUAAUUUGAUAUUGAAGCUUUCUCAUCAGGAAAACGUCUCAAGCACAUUUCAUGAUGUAUUGUCCA